AUGGAUGCUCCUAAAAACACAUCAGUGUCUGUGUUUCCAUCUAACUCUGUACUGGAGGGCAGUUCAGUGACUUUGAACUGCAGCAGUGAUGGAAAUCCAGCAGUGUUCAUCUACACCUGGUACAGAGAGAAUGGAGGACAGAUGAAGGAGCUGCAGACUGGAUAUAAUCUCACCUUCAAUGUGACUGAUCGUACACACACAGGACGCUACUACUGUCAAACCAAAAACCAACAUGGUACCCAAAACACAUCAGUGUGGCUGGACAUUCAGUAUGCUCCUAAAAACACAUUAGUAUCUGUGUUUCCAUUUAACUCUGUAUUGGAGGGAAGUUCAGUGACUUUGAUCUGCAGCAGUGAUGGAAAUCCAGCAGUGUUCAACUACACCUGGUACAGUGAGAAAGGAGGACAGCUGGAGGAGCUGCAGACUGGAUAUAAUCUCACCUUCAAUGUGACUGAUCGUACACACACAGGACGCUACUACUGUCAAGCCCAAAACCAACAUGGUACCCAAAACACAUCAGUGUUGCUGGACAUUCAGUAUGCAACCAAAAUCUCUUUCUUCAGCUGUAACAGAACUGAUGUAACUGUGUGUUUGUGUGAGGCUCAUGGGAAUCCCUCUCCUAAAGUGAAGUGGCAUCUAUCAGGACGUCCUGUCAGUAACUCUACAAACACAUCCAUCAUUCAGGAGCGAUUGAACAGCACAGACUUGAGGAGCUUCAUUUCUCUCCAUCAGUCACUUACACACACAGACACUCUGCAGUGUGUCAUCAUCAACACUCACAGCACCGCCAGUCAUCAGAUUCAAAUGCUUCACUAUUUUCAUGAGACAAGUAUCAGUGUUUCCUCUGUGCUGAUGGGAGUUGCUAUUGGAGCUUCAUUAAUGAUGAACUUGUGGGUCAUUAAGCAUUUCUACAAACGAAAUAGAAACAGCAGAUCCUCAAAGACAGAACAAGAAGAUAUUACUGAAGUUAAGCUCACUGAGAGGGAGAAUGAAGAACCUAUUUAUGCCAAUAAAGCUGUGUUGUCACCUGAUGAAGAAACUUCGCUGAAUUGCCCAGAAUCUCUUCAUUAUUCCUCCAUUAACUUCACAAACACCCAAACAGAGUCAGAAGAGAUCAGGGGCGUCUCCUCACUUACUGAUGUCUAUGCUUCUGUCCAACAAGAGCCUGACCCGCCACCCAACAGCAACAUCUCAACAGUGGAGAUGGGAGACAGUAAAGCAAGUUAUCCAGAAAUUACCAUCAGUGCAGACACUGAGCAAGAUCAGACAAAGAAAACAGAUUUGCAGUCAGAUGAAGUUUCUGAUAUUUAUGCUCAAGUAAAACGUGCCACCCAAAAAAUAAAAAAAUAAGCCACUUUUUAAAAUUUGGAAUUUUGUGCCAUGAUAAAUUUUAAAGAGUCUCCAUUCAAAGAGACUUUUAAAUGUAACAUAAGCCAAUAGAGCCAGUGUCAUGUUUUAUGAUGUUUGUCCCCAAAAUUAUGUAAUGUUAAACAAAACAAACAUCAACUGUGUAGGACUGUUGUACCAUUAACUUAUAAAGUACAGUAUUAAUCAUAGAUGUAGAAUAAUGUUAUGUUUUUGCAUGUAUUUUGUGUGUGUAUAAUAUUUUUAUGUAUUUUCGUAGUUUAAUUUUAU